AUGUCCGUAGAAGAACAAUUUAUGAGUACCACAGGGUGGAGCUACAGAUGUCAAAGAUUACCAAUCUCUCAGCUGUUGAAAUGAUACCGCUUCCAACUUGUCUCCAGUUCACGAGCUGUGGUCCCUGUGUCACUGCCCAGAUUGGUUUCAACUGCAGCUGGUGCAGUAAACUCCAAAGAUGCUCCAGUGGAUUUGACCGUCACCGGCAAGAUUGGGUAGACAGUGGCUGCCCUGAAGAGUCAAAAGAUAAGAUUUGUGAGAAGAAUAUAGACACAACUGAAACACCUCCAUACUCUACCAGCACACUUCUGCCAACCACCACAAAGUUCAGAGUUUUAACGACCACCAGAGGAUCUACCACUUCCCACCUGCCAACUAGCCUGCCCACAGAAGAUGACACCAAGAUAGCACUGCACCUAAAAGACAACGGAGCUUCCACAGAUGACAGUGCAGCAGAGAAGAAAGGUGGAACGCUUCAUGCCGGCUUAAUUGUUGGUAUUCUAGUCCUGGUCCUCAUUGUGGCUGCAGCCAUCCUCGUGACUGUCUACAUGUAUCAUCAUCCAACAUCAGCGGCUAGUCUCUUCUUUAUAGAGCGACGUCCAAGCAGAUGGCCAGCAAUGAAAUUCAGAAGAGGGUCUGGACAUCCUGCCUAUGCUGAAGUGGAACCGGUUGGAGAAAAAGAAGGUUUCAUCGUAUCAGAGCAGUGCUAAAAUUUCUAGGACAGAACACCAGUACUGGCCUACAGGUGUAAGACAUUUACUUUGCCUCUCUUUAAGGAAAAGGAGCUCUAAGCUGCUGUAGCCUGAUAGAAAGAAGAUUUUGGAUAAGCUUUGUCCAAGAAGAAAAACUAAGAUACCAGAUUACCACUGCACAGUAGUUUUUGUUAGUGGACUGAGACACGAUGGUUCAUGCAGAACACUUGUCAGUGGACACCUAUGGUAUCAGAACUAUGGCACAAGUGCCAUGUUAUUGGCUUUAGGUAUGGGGAUGCACAGUAAUCGAAAGUAUAAUAAAGCUUUGGUGC